AUGAAAACAUCAGAGCAGUCUUCUAUGACCCAGCCCCCAAGAUCUUUCAAGAAUAACAACAACUCUGCACAGUUUCCUUCACCAAGGGAGAUUGGUCUCAUCGAAAAAUUACUGCACUCAUACGGGUUCAUUCAGUGUUGUUACAGGCAGAGCCGAUUGUUCUUCCACUUCAGUGAGGUUAUGGGCAGUCCUGAGUCACUUCAGAUUGGAGAUUUAGUUGAGUUCCAGCAAUCGAAUGACAGAAGAACGGGCAAGCCCAUCGCCUCGACAAUCACGAAAGUUCAAAACCCGCAAACUGUAGGGUCAGAGGUCAUCAGCGAACGACCUGUCGUCGGAGUCGUCCUGGCUGAAGCUAAGAUCGCUACUAUGACAUCAGCUCGCAUAAACGAGAGUAUGGGGCAGAUAGCUUAUGAGCAGAAUGGUGAAACAUUCUUCUUACCCUUUGCACUGGAAGAUAUUGAGGAACCCGAUGUCACCAUUAAAAAUGGCGAACAAGUCGAAUUCUUUAUCACAACUGAUGAAAGGAAUGGCCUGAUAAGAGCCAGGAAGAUAAUGAAGAAAGAUCAGGUGGUGAAUACCUCAAGCAGUGAUGUCGAAGCUGUCGUCUAUCAAGGAGUCGUAUGUUCAAUGAAAGAGAACUUUGGCUUCAUAGAGAGGGCAGAUGUUGUGAGGGAGAUAUUUUUCCAUUUCACCGAAUUUAAAGGAAACAUUGAGGAUCUCAUGUUGGGAGAUGAUAACAAAGAGGUAGCAAUCAAUGUGAUACAGAUACCAGAGGGUACGGUCAUUUUUGAAGAUGUAACAAAGACCUUACAGAUGUCCAGUGAGGAAUCGCUACAUUCGACUGUAGUCGGUCCGUCGUUCGGCAGGAUUCUCUAUCAGACCAUCGGAGGCCCUUUAGAAAUUUUAUUCGGAGAGAGAGACAGAAUAGGAGAGUUCACGCUGCUGACAGGCGACAUCGUAGAGUUCUACAUAGCCACUGAUAGACGAGACAAGCUUCAGAGGGCCACCAAUAUUAAACUGCUGGAUGCUACUUUCCUCAACAACUGUGAGAAGAGAGAGAGGCGUUCCAUCACACCAGGCUAUCACCGCAUCAGAACAUCACAUCAUAACGUAAUACCACACAUCAAGGGUUUUGUGGUAUCGUUGAAAGACUUCACUGGCUACAUAUGCUCCAUAAGAACCAACCUGAAGAUAAUGUUCCACACAAAUGAACUGCUCGACCCACUGAAGAAGGUCGCGUUUCUAGAUGAGGUUGAAUUCACCGUGGCUGAGCCUGACAAAUACUACGGCAUUGUGCAGAGGAAGUCUGAAAGAGCUGUUAAGUCUGGGACAGAUCAUUUUGAACCGGGUCUGAUAAAGUAUGACCUAGGAGGAACGCAGCAAUGCAUUCCAUUCUAUCCUAGCGCCAUUUCCCAUGGCUGUAGGCUGCCUAUACCUGGAGACCUCGUAGAAUUUCAAAUUAGUGACGGAGCCCUGAAGGAUUCUAAAGUUGCGAUCAAUAUAAAGCUCAAAAAUGUAGAGAUUAAAAGGUCGGGUUUUGUGGCAGAUGUAAAAGACAACACAGUUUGGAUUGACACACUGAACUCCAAGUUCUACCUGCUGAAGGUGGGUGACGAGAUUGAAUUCGUCAGCUCGAACAAGACAUUCGACAACAUAAGUCUUCUUGCUGAAGGAACAAUACCUCAUGAGCCCUGCCUGCCAAUCAUAUUAGAAGGAAAGGUGGUCCGCUGCAUCAACAGUCUGUCCGACUGCCACUCCAACAACUACUUCGGCCUCAUCCAGCCUCUCAACGAAAAAUCGUCAUCGUCGCCAUCCUCAUCGGCCACGUACAAUUCAUUAGUCGGCACAUCGGUUAACUCGCCGACGACCAUGAACGGUGACGUGAGCAGCCACACGACGACGGUCGCAUCAACGAAUGGCGUCCACUCGGCCAGUAACGGCUUGUCCUCCUCGUCAAAUGAUUCUGUCAACACGAACUACAACAGCCACCAAACUACGGGUAACAACAAUUCAGACUGCAGCAUGGUCAGUGGUUCGUUACAGCAGCAGCAGCAGCAGACACAACUCCAGCUACAACAGCAGCAGCAGCAUCUGUUCAGUGGCACGAGUACUUUAUAUUCAUUCAGAUUCUGCAGUCUCAUCGAUAGACGUGAUGUCCCUAGUCUAGGCGAAAUCGUACGCUUCCAGCCGUUGAGAUGUCAGCAAUCGAUCGUCGGAACAAACAACAGCAGCAGUUCAAUAGUAUCCUACCAGCAUCAGCAGCAGCAUGAUAAGUUCCAGCAGGCCGGUAUGGUGGUCUCAGUGAAGAGAUGCCUGCAUGCCAGGGUGGAGUCCAUCAAGGGACAGCUCGGCACAUUGAACUUUGAGAUGAACGACGGAAGCAAGCUGAUGUUCUUCCUCUCUGACGUCAUCAUCUCUGACACGUCAUCGCCGUCGUCGUCAGUAACAACAACGUCAACCGCAGCAACGUCAUCACUCCAGGUGGGAGACCUCAUCGAGUUCGUAGGGGUCACGAAGAACAAUAGGUUCACGGCUAUGGGUCUGCAUAAAGUUAGGACCGACAAACAUCCGCGACCCGAUCGGAUAGUCUCGAGAUUGAGAAACGAUGAAAUGAUUCCACCCCGGAUAACGAGCAUAAGAGCACCGAAGGGUCCAGAUGGAACCAGGGGCUUCCAUCUUGAGAGGCGCUUUAAGGCUGCUGUAUCUUCCUAAAAUCGACUAAUUUUGAUUGGUCGAUUGAUUAAUUGUUAGACGGAUAUGAUUGACUGGCUGGUUGAUUGACGAAUUGAUCAGAUUUAUUGAUUGGUUGAGUGUGUGCUUGGACGGAUUUGAUUGGUUGAUUGAAUUUAUUGAAAUUGUCUGAGAGUUUAAGAAUUACAAAUGGCUUAAUUAAUUAAUAUUUCAUCUGAAUCGUCAUAAGUGUAGUGUAAUUAUGAUUUGCUU